AUGUGUACCAGAAUUCGUAAGGGCAUCAUCAACCCGAAUUAUCCGGGCUUUCAAUCGCUGGCGUACACGCUGAACGAGGAUAAUUUUGACUACAGCUCGGAAAAUCCGUCCGAUGACGAUGAGGACUCGUACGUGUCCGAGUCGGAUGACAACGAGAUGAAACAGAGCGCGAAGGAACCGGUGGAACCGGGCGACGAAAAUGGCAACUCGUACGGUGACGACAACAGUCAAGAGGAUGAACAAAAUUUGCAUGUACAUUCCAGCAUCGACAUACCAAUCGUUCGGUCCACGAUAUACCACCCCUCGCCAUUGACGACGGCACUGGAGUCGGGGGAGAUUUUCCCGUCGUCCAAUUCGCCCUAUCGUCACACACGGAUGCAUCUCAUCCCGACAGGCUGCAAGUCUCCUACCCUAACGACCUCCAUGUUCGAUACAGAGGAGCAGCUAGAAUCGACCUUAAUCUACGCCUGUACUCCACCGGAUAUUGUUCUUCAGCACAGUUACGAUCAUCGUACGGGUGUAAACGAAUCGUUUGCCGAAUUUGCGAAGAUAUCGCUUGAACUCUCCAACAGUCAAAAGCCAGAUUUGAUACCUGAACAGCAAUCAAUAGUGGUAAGAACAGAGCGACAGCUGAAGAAGAGUAACGAAAUAGAUCACCAGGAAUCGGAUCGUUUAGCAACAACUCUGACAGAUGAGUUUCAAAAUGUUGCGAAUGAAAAGAAUGUGGAGGAUGAAAACUUAGCUGAUGCGAUGCAGGACGAUCACGAAGGAAACCGAUCACCACCUUCCCCAGCGAUCGAAAUAGUUCAAGCAGUCGGUCAGAUUUCAAUCACAGGCAGCGACAUCUGUAGCAAUUACCAACCGCAAACAUCUCUACCGUCCGACAACAUGCUGGAUGAAAUGAUCGAAUGCUAUGAACCUGCCUCAGAUGGGGCACUGUCAGAAGAUUCAGAGCUAGAGUCGGAUGAGGGCGAGUUGGAAUGUAAGCCGUACGGAGACGAGGAAUCAAGAAAUUCCUACCCAACAUCGCCCAGCGACGUACCAGCAUCUGACGACAGUGGUGAUAGUGCCGGAUCAAGUCCGGGCGAGGUACAAUACCAUCUGGUAGAUGAUUGUUCGAACCAAACGGUACAGAUUACCCGUUCGCGCCAAUCAAACGAACAUUCGCCCACGAAUCAUUUCCACCUUCUGCACCACUACUCAACACCGGGCGCGAUGGAUUAUCACAACAAUCCAACACAUCCGGUUCUGCAGCACGAUGCAGUUCGUAACGACUAUUACAGCUCACCGGGGCAAACUAUAGCUCAAACUGAUCACUCCAAAUUUGAGCAACAAAAUUUAGCAUACUCUAAUCGAAUAGCAAAUCGAGACGAAAAAGCAACAUCAUACGACUAUCCCGAGGUACGUCCUAGCACACUUCAACUCACUCGAAGGGAGGCCAACUUUUCACCUCACUCUGCUCACGUUGCUAGUAAUAUUCAAUCUGCUUCGAACAAGGAAAAGAAGAACCAUGAAGACAACCAAACACUUAGUUCAGAGAUGGCGGUCCCUGUAAAACAAUACCAGAAAGUUCCGAAAGUGAAUCCAUUUUGCGAGGCCCUUCUCCAGGAGAACGACACGUGCGAUUUCUUCACGAAACAGGCCAAACUGCAAAUUGAGGCAAGGAUGGCACUCUGUCAGGCAAAGGAUAUGGCACACAUGCAAAUGGAGUUCGAAAAGCGGAGCCUGCCACUGUCUCCCGUGACGAGGGUGAUUCACACCGCCGUCGAGAAGGCCGGGCUUAGUUUGGCGCCAGACAAGCGACGCCUUUCUCGUUACUACCUAACCCGACUUAACGUACAUCAGCUGCAGACAAUUCUGACUGAGCUACAGGGUCAUGCGGAGGUGCUAAAUGAGGAGCUGGUGGAGUUGCUGAUGGAACGGGACGAGCUGCACAUCAGCCAGGAUGCCACGCUGAUCGAUAUUGAGGAUCUAUCACGAUAUCUCUGUGCCAAGGAACAAACGAUCUUACAUGCUGAACGGCAGCGCAAAAGCCACUACUGGAACAGCAGCAACCGAGUGGUGCACCAUCAUCAGUCACACCAGAAGCAGCCCUCCCUACCACAGCCACCACCACCGAUACGGUCGACGUACGGUACACCGAUCCCAGCAUAUCGUUACCAUUAAAAGUGCAA